AUGAUUACAGAGAAAACCCAACUGGUGAUAAUUGAUGAGUGGUCGAGCAACAGAAUGCAGUCGGAUCUGGCAAAGACCGUCCUUCAAGGUGGUUGGAUGGUCACUUCCGUGAAACAUGGCCCUCCAAGAUGCGUGAACAACAAUAGCCCGUUUUAUAUCACAACUAACAACGUUCCUGAUUUUCGCAAAGAGGACGAAAAUGUUAAACGUCGAAUUCGCAUAUUCCAAACGACGUCUUUACCAAACACUAUUCCUGGCAUCGAUAGUUGGAUUUUCGAUCACGCAAUGGACUGCAUUGCCUGGACUGCGGAAGAAAUCCACCAGCAUCGAGAUCUUAUCUGCCAUGAAGAACUUUGGUACGAGAAUUGCGAGAACGCCCCCGUGGCUUCCAGAGAUCGUGAAUCCUUAUGGAAACGACACGAAAUUGAUCAAAUUACGAAAGCUGACAUGCAACCCCUGUGUCAUAAAGAAACCACAAAAGUUGACGAGCGUACCAUUCAUCCCGGAUUUACGGCAGAGUUGCGUUCCAGACGGCUUGCCAGGAAAAGAAAGAUAGGAGAGGGAUUGUUUACGACACUUCAACAGACGACGAAGGAAAGAUUCGCGAAAGAAUCGAAGACAACAGCGAGGAAAAUCCGAACGAAUCUGAAAACUCUGACAUGGAGAUGGAACGGUCACCAUCGGUCACUGAGGGGGGAACAAACGCAAAGCAUGUGGACACCGAACAAGAUCGAGGUGAAGAAAUGCGUGACACUGAAGAGAACAUAAACGAAUCUGAAAACUCUGUCAUGGACAUGGAACGGUCACCAUCGGUCUGUAAGAGAGGAACAAGCGCAAAGGGCGAGCAAAAUGGAAGCGAACAAAUGCGUGACAGUGAAGAAAACAUGACAUCUCGCACAGAUAUGCAACCUCCACCAUCGGUCAGUGUGAACAACAAGGACAAGGCGAACAGUGCGAUUGCAAGAAAUGAUUAUAACACCUUGACAACCAGGUACUCCUCAUUUACUCCGCCAGCAGGUUGGGUUCUUAACGACGAGGAAUACGUGGACAAAGUUGCAAAUUACAUAGAGUGCUCCCUCUAA